UUAUUUAUUUCAUUUUUUUCAAGGCAAAAUGGAGAACGAUGGCGUCUUAUGUGGUAGCAAGAGCGUAUGGGCGAUUAAACGUGUUUCUAUUAUGAAGUAAUAAGGUUUAACAUAAUGCUAAAUAACUAAACAAGAACCACACAAUAGAAUAGGAGAACAAUAGCCACGUUCAUCCGUCUGUUCAGUUUUCUGUUUCAUUUAGACCGUUUCAGUGAGAAUUACAACGAACCCGCAGUAGACACUAAUGCUAUAUCAGGAGGGUAUUUUGCGAUGCGUUUUUUAAGAUCAUGUGCAAUUGUGAAUGCUUUUAAGACCUGGGACACGUUGUUAGAAGCGUGAAAUUGAAUAAGGUGAAACAGAUCAUAGAAAUCAUUUAAUGAAACAAAAAUCGCACUAUCUUUGAAAUAGAAAGAUAUUGUUAUCUAGCCAUUUUGACAAUCGAUAUAUCUGCCCAACCUAGUAACCUAGCUGGAAGGAGUAGCUAGCUAGCUAUUCUUGUAUCAACAUGGAACGCAUGUGAACGUGCCACACGCAAACCCAGAAACGGCAAGAAAGGGCUGCAGGAGAAAGAAACAAGGAAGCGAUCCGUGAAUAUAGCUAGCUCUAUCAAAGCUAAGUGUUAGCAAAUAUUAUUUCUAAUGCGCGACCAAGGAGUAUGCGACUCGUCACUAAGAGUUGACUGCAGAGGGGAUGUCGGGCAGUAAGGCUCUGGGCGGAGGGGCUCGGCGCCGGCGAACUCGAUGCCGGCGUUGCCAGGCCUGUAAGCGCACAGAGUGCGGCGAGUGCCACUUCUGCAAAGACAUGAAGAAGUUUGGCGGCCCCGGCAGGAUGAAGCAGUCCUGCCUGCUGCGCCAGUGCACGGCGCCCGUGCUGCCCCACACAGCGGUGUGUUUCGCCUGCGGUGAGGCGGGGAAGGAGGACACGGUGGACUCGGAGGAGGAGAAGUUCAGCCUGUCCCUGAUGGAGUGCACCAUCUGCAACGAGAUCAUCCAUCCCAGCUGCCUCAAGAUGGGAAAGGCAGAGGGCAUCAUAAACGACGAGAUUCCAAACUGUUGGGAAUGCCCCAAGUGCCACAAGGAGGGCAAGACCAGUAAGGACCAGGGUGAUGGUUUGGGCAAGAGGCGGUCGGACAACGGAGAGGUGGGGCGCUGGAAGCUGACUGACGACCCGCCCCCCAGCAAGAAGAAACCCCCCUCCCUGGAGGACGGCCCCCGGCAGGAUGGACACAAGCGCAAGAAGGAGAAGGAACUCCCCCAGGAGAGCGGGCCCAAGAAAAAAAUGAAAGGUGCUCGAGAAAAACACCUAAAAAAGAAGCAGAAGCCCAACUCCGACGCGUCCGAGACCAACGGACCCAACUCCUCCUCCGGCGGGGGUCAGGGUUCGGGGGGCGGGUCCAACUCGGGGCCGGCAGCGGGCGGCGGGGCGUCGGCGGCGAGCCAGGACCAGCGCUCCCACCAGCGGGAGAAGCUGGAGCGCUUCAAGCGCAUGUGCCAGCUGCUCGAGCGGGCGCGGGACUCGUCCUCCUCCUCCUCGUCCAGCUCCGAGUCCGACUCCGAGUCCGACUCCGACUCGCCGUCCGGCGGGGGCGCCUCCGACCCGUCCUCGCCGCCCGUCGCCUACGGCAACAGCGGCGGCAGCUCCAGCGCGCGGGAACGGGAGAGGGAACGGGAGCGCGAGCGCAACCGGCGGCUGGCCGAGCUGGGCUUCAGCGCCAGCGAUGACUCGGAGGGGGACGGGCCCGAAGACGAGAAGGAGGAGCGUCCCGAGGAGACGAGCGUCAGCGCCGACAAAUCAGCGGCCGCGCGUCGGCGAGGGGGAGGAGACUCCGGCUUGUCUCAGCGCGGACGGAAGGCGGUGAAGGAAGAGCCUCAGGACGAGCAGGACGGCACGGAGAGAGGUCGGAAGGGCACGCCACUGCCCCCGCCCUCCCCUCUUUCCUCCAGCCAAUCACAGCCCUCCUCUGGCCACGGGGGGCCCUCGCCCAAUCAGGACGGUUUCUCCUCGUCCUCGACCUCCGCCGGCAAGCGCAGCAACGGGCAGGAGGCUCGGAACGGGCGCACGCGCGCGGGGGGAGGCCGCGAGACGCAGGAGAAGGAGAACGCCAACAACAGCAGUGGCGGCGCGGGAGGGCUGGCCAACCACAGACACGCCGGCAACAAGAGCGGCCGCAGCGGCAGCAACAAGAUCCGUAGCGCCAACCGGCAGAACCAGCAGGGCGGCGCCAGUGGUGCCGGGCGAACUGGAGCAGGGGGCGCCAUCUCGGCCACCACCACCACGGCCAACGGGAGCGGGGCGCUGUUGCUGGGCAACCCUGCGGGCGGUCUGGCGGCGACUCCGCGGUCGCAGGCGUCUCGGCUGGCGGGGGGUCAGCAGCGCUCGCAGCUGGUGAAGCGGAGCCCCCCCGCCGUGCCCUCGCCGCCGCGGCCCGUGCAGAUGGAGCGGCACCUGGUGCGGCCGCCGCCCGCCUGCCCCGAGCCCCACUGCCUGCCCCUGGACGGGGGCGCCUCGCACGUGCUGCCCCGCGACGUUUGGCUGCGCGUCUUCCAGGACCUCAGCCAGCGCGAGCUCUGCCUCUGCAUGCGCGUCUGCCGCACCUGGAGUAGAUGGUGUUGUGAUAAGAGGCUGUGGACUCAGAUAGACCUGAGCCGGCAGCGCUCUAUCACCCCCCCAAUGCUGAGUGGUAUAAUCCGCCGGCAGCCCGUGUCACUGAACCUGGGCUAUACCAACAUCUCCAAGAAGCAGCUCAUGUGGCUUAUUAACCGCUUGGAAGGCCUGCUGGAGCUGGACGUGUCAGGGUGCCCGUGGGCGUCGGUGUCGGCACUGUGCCAGGCUGUGUGCCCGUGUCUGCGCCUGCUGGACCUCAGCCGCGUCGAGGACCUCAAGGACUCCAACCUGAGGGAGCUGCUGGCCCCGCCCAACGCCGACACACGCUCAGCUCACGGGGAGAAUCGAGGCGGGCGCUUCCAGAACGUGACGGAGUUGCGGCUGGCGGGAUUGGACGUGACGGACGCCACCUCACGGCUGCUGGUCCGAUACCUGCCCCACCUGACCAAGCUGGACCUGAGUCAGUGUGGGAACAUCACAGACCAGACCAUCCACACACUCACAUCGCCCAUCUCUCCACUGCGGGAGAGUCUCACACAUGUCAACCUGGCAGGCUGUGUGAAGGUGACAGAUCAGUGUUUGCCGCUGCUGCGCCGCUGUGCCUCGCUGCAGAGUGUGGACCUGCGCUCCUGCAGCCUGCUGGCCCCCGACACCUGCCAGCUCCUCUCCUUCCCCCUGCCCACGCCCCCGCCACCGCCCCACGAUGACAGAACGCUGCUCAAAAACAGCUAAGGAACCCUACCCUGCCCGCCUGACCACAGAACGCUGCUCAACAACAGCUAAGGAACCCUACCCUGCCCGCCUGACCACAGAACGCUGCUCAACAACAGCUAAGGAACCCUACCCUGCCCGCCUGACCACAGAACGCUGCUCAACAACAGCUAAGGAACCCUACCCUGCCCGCCUGACCACAGAACGCUGCUCAACAACAGCUAAGGAACCCUACCCUGCCCGCCUGACCACAGAACGCUGCUCUACAACAGCUAAGGAACCCUACCCUGCCCGCCUGACCACAGAACGCUGCUCAACAACAGCUAAGGAACCCUAAUCUACCCCCCCCCCCCCCCCCUCUUCCAACCACGCGCUGCUCAACAACAGCUAAGGAACCAUCCCUUCUCACCCUCACCCGACCCUGCAAUGCUGCUUCAGAACAGCUGAGGAACCCACCCACACAGGACCCCACCCCACCCGACCCGACCCGACCCAAGCCCAACUGACCCUACUGGACGGGACCGGACCGGGCCACACUACAGCUCUGAGCGAGGGAGCGAGCAAGACCGAGAGAGAGAGAGAGAGAGAGAGAUGAUCUGGCAGGACGGGUAGAGUGGGGGAGAAGGAGGAGGAAUAAAAAAGUAGGGGAGAAGAAGACGAGAGGAGAAACCGUUGACAACCAUUAAGACCCAAUCCCCACCUUACCCAGCCCUCCCUUGCUGCAUAUCUGAACAGACAAACAAACAAACAAACAAACAAACAAACAAACAAACAGUCAGGGAGGCUGACUAAAUUUAGCAUGUACAUAUUCUGUAUCUGUACAAUGGGUGUGUCUGUGUGUGUAUAUAACUGUAGUUAACUGUAAAUUAUCCACGGUCUGCUCCCUUCUCUGCCUUCAUCCUACUUCACACCUGACCCUCUCCAAGUCCUUGGUUUUCCCCCACUGCACAGGACCGCCGCUCACCACUCCCUUUCAAACACAAACACACACUCACCUCCCUCCACCCCUAACUG